GUGGCUUGGCUGGGCUUGAAAGAGCCUAGCCUGGAACUGCGCUCAGACUGGGAAAUGUCACAGAAUGCAUUGUGUGCAGUCAAAAGUAAUGGUGAAACAGCGGUCUCAUGCUAAUUGAUCAGAUAACGCUAAUGCUGGCUGGGAUGACUGCCAUCCAUGCAAAAACAUGAACAAUCUCUAGCAAAGAUGUCCAUUGUACUUGGAUUAUUAGCAUGUCAGUAUGCCGAUAGCACUCUCGGGACCCAGCUUUUAGUCGUGAUUGGUCUGAUCGAACCAUUGAAGUUAUUCUGACUCGUUCUGGAAUGCACCCACCCCACGAUAUAUAUCCGGGUUGGGUUCCGUCAAAUCAGUGGCCCUUCAACAAAUGAAGGACGCCACAGUAUGCCUCUGGGUCCUUGAAUAUGAUAUCAGAAGCUUAGCUCCUAAAUGCGCGAGCUAUCUCCGCAGCGCGGUGAAUAAGGCUGAAGGAGGGAAGUUCUGGAAGGGCAAACUCCUUGCAUGGAGAUUCUGUCACGAUCCCGAAUUAACAUUUGAGCCAAGAUCCUCCUUCGAGUUUUGUUCCUUGCUGGAGGUACCUUGCUUGAUCGCAACGUGCCUAAGUGAGUAUGAGCCUGCCAGGUGUGCAGAGCCAAGAGCGACUGCCAACCUGAAAAGGGCGGCAGUCUGGCGGACUGAAUGGAUGGGAUUGGACUGGAACGACCGCCAUAGUCAGACAUGUAACGCCGCCGCUCAGCAGAGUGGAGGGGCAAUUGAGACAGGCAGACAUAUUUCAGAGAAUCUGGAUAAAGAUUUUAAGAUCUGCUUGAUUUCUUCCGAUUGUGCAAGCAGGACGAUCAGACGGGAAGAGAUGGCUGGUGACAUGGGAUUUGCGACAGCACAUCCUGGUCGACAAGUCAUCGCAACGGUGACAGAUGGUCCAUGGAAAGGAAGCCAACCAGAAAGACCAAGAUACGGUAACGAGGGUAAUUCUAUUUCCAGUCGAGCUGGUACUGGAUUUACUUUUCCCGCUGCCUUGAACUUGGAGAGAAACGGGAGGGAUAAAAACUUGAAAGAGGAAAAAGAGGAAAGUUCCAUGGGAAGAGGAUCUCCGGACAGUGAACGGGCAAACAUCAGGGAAAGUUUCCAGGCAUCCGGUGAUCGUCUAGAUUCUUCUGGCCGAGUGGCUCUUGAGUAUAACGCCAUCGUCCAACCCGAGCUGAUAGGACGACUUGCAAUCGUCCAUCCAUCGGUUCGAACAAGCGUUCCCCUCUUCAUUGCGUGGCGCCUGUCGUCAAUACCACCGGCCCGUACAAGUCAAAAGGCCUCAAUGGCCCUCCCCAAUUCUCUCUAGUAGUAGUUCAGUACUUGUUGGUUGCCGACUGCCACCUGCUUUUCUUUU